AUGCUGGGCUUUUCGGACAAAGAUAAGAUUGGGACCAUCCAACCCCAUAACGAUGCUCUAGUAGUCACACUCAGGAUUGGAAGAUAUGAUGUGAAGAGAAUGCUAGUAGAUCAGGGCAGUGCUGUUAAAGUAAUAUACCCCAACCUAUACAAGGGGCUAAACUUAAAAUCUGAGGACCUAUCGGCGAACGAUUCCCCUCUGGUAAGUUUCGAGGGAAAGACCGUUAUUCUAAAGGGACAGAUCAGACUGCCCAUACAAACCAGUUUGGACAUGGUGGAGGUGGAUUUCAUCGUAGUUAACGCUUAUUCACCCUACACAGCUAUUGUGACUAAACCUUGGCUACAUGCCCUAGGGGCUGUCUCUUCUAUCCUGCACCAGAAGGUGAAGUACUCGUCGGAGGGCCAGGUUAAAAAGAUUGUGGGGAAUCAGACCAUGGCCAGACAGUGCAUGGUGGCCGCUAUCUCACACCAACCCAGUGCUGAGCCCUCGGCCUCUAUUGGAAAGGGCUUUUAG